GAGCAUCUCGCAAUUUCGUCCUUCCGCUCUCUUGAGAAAAUGGGGUCAAAGUUUCAUGCAUUUAUGUACCCAUAUUUUGCUCUUGGUCAUAUGAUCCCAUAUCUUCAUCUUGCCAACAAACUAGCUGAGAAAGGUCACCGGAUCACUUUCUUGCUUCCCAAGAAAGCUCAGAAACAACUCGAAUCUCUCAAUUUGUUCCCAAACAGCAUUGUCUUCCACCCUCUUACUCUUCCUCUUGUUGAAGGUCUCCCCGUUGGCGCAGAGACAGCCUCAGAUCUCCCACCAAACAUAACUGGGAAAGUCAUAUCUGAUGCCAUGGAUCUCUUACGCGAUCAAAUCGAAGCAAUGGUCCGUGCUUUGAAACCAGACCUAAUAUUCUUUGAUUUUGUUCCCUGGGUUCCAGAAAUGGCCAAAGAGUUUGGAGUCAAGAGUGUGAGUUACCAGAUCGUAUCCGCAGCUUGUGUAGCUAUUGCUCUUUCACCACAGGGUAAUCCUUCCUCAAAAGUGGCGUUACGUGGACACGAAGCUAACCUCUAUUCUCUGUUCACCAAUACCUGCCAAAGGCUACUUGUUCGUAUCACCACAGGGAUUAGGAACUGUGACGUGGUUUCCAUAAGGACAUGCGCGGAAAUCGAGGGUAAAUAUUGCAGUUUCAUCGAGAGAGAAUGUCAGAAAAAGGUUCUUUUGACUGGUCCAGUGUUCCCUGAGCCGCAAGAAAAGAGUGUUAAACCACUAGAAGAUCGAUGGAACCACUGGUUAAACGGGUUCGAACCGGGCUCGGUAGUGUUUUGUGCGCUGGGCAGCCAAACCAUUUUAGAGAAACAUCAAUUCCAAGAACUCUGUUUAGGAAUGGAGCUAACUGGUUUACCAUUUCUUGUGGCGGUUAAGCCGCCAAGAGGCUCGUCAACGAUUCAAGAAGCGUUACCAGAAGGGUUCGAAGAACGGGUUAAAGGGCGUGGAAUCGUUUGGGGAGGAUGGGUGGAACAACCUUUGAUAUUGGCUCAUCAGUCAGUAGGUUGCUUUGUGAACCAUUGUGGAUCCGGUUCGAUGUGGGAAUCUCUGGUUAGUGAUUGUCAGAUUGUGUUUAUUCCUCAGUUAGGUGAUCAAGUUCUCACCACAAAAUUGUUGAGUGAGGAAUUAGAAGUUUCUGUGAAAGUUCAUAGAGAAGACUCUGGAUGGUUUUCCAAAGAGAGCUUGAGAGAUGCAGUUAAAUCCGUGAUGGAUAAAGAUAGUGAGAUUGGGAAUAUAGUGAAGAGGAAUCGUAUGAAACUGAAAGAGACUUUAACUAGUCCUGGACUGUUGAGUGGUUAUGCUGAUAAGUUUGUUGAUGCAUUGGAGGCUGAAGUCAACGACACAGAGUCAUCAUGAAUUGAAAUACUUUUGCCAAUUCUACUGUAACGACGUUUCUUAUGUAUUAAAAUAAAUGGUUAUUAACAAUCUUAAUAUGAUUUUUCGAAUAAAUAAAAAAUUUCCUUUAUUAA